UAAAGUUAACCCAACACCCCAAAAUUGCUCAUGUUCUUUCUGCAAGAACCAAGAAAUGGAGGGAUUUGACGGCGGUAGCUGGGAUUAUUGACAUCGAAGUGACCCCGAAGAACGCUGUUGUUGAGCAGAUGCGCCUCCCUCAGGUCCUUUGCAUUGACUAAAUUAAACAAGUUUUAGCUUCUGCUCUUUCCGAUAAUUUUACAAGUCCCAUAAAACCACGGCUGGGAAACAUCGUCGGAGUUAUCAAACCAUCUGGGUCCCGAGCCGAUUCCGGUAAGGUAUUCGGUCGGGGGAGUUCCGAGUUCAGGCGGUCCGACCCAAUCCUUCUAUCCGGUUCAAGCGGUUCCCGACCGGGUCUAGCAGGUCCAACCCGGUUCCUUUGCGCUGGAGCUGUUGAAUAAUACCUUACCAACAGAUCGAAGUGGCCCUCAACCAACAGCCAAGAACACUAGAAAUUCCCCGAUGUAAUCGAAACACGAGGUGGUACAUUACUUAUUAUUUUACCAUUAAAAAUGAUAUUUUUACUUAAUUUUCUAGAAUGAUACAUGUCGUACCGUCACUAUUUCCUUCCCACUAAAAAUCUCUCAAGACUAGAGUUGUCAACUAUAUAUUCCACGUCCAAAACAUCACCUCCCCAAAUACCAAAAAUGGUGAAACAAGAAGACACCAAUGGAGGAGCUCAAGUCCUUGCCCUUCCACUCUUACAGGACUCCAAGUCCUUGGAAGCUCAAUGUUCAUCACAACAAGGGGCCUCAUUUUCCGGGGCUGUCUUCAACAUAUCGACCACAAUGAUUGGUGCCGGUAUCAUGUCGAUUCCGGCAACCACCAAGGUCCUCGGCGUAAUUCCUGGCUUGGUUCUGAUUCUGUUGGUCGCUUUCUUUGUGGAAGUCACGGUGGAGUUCCUGCUCAGGUACACCAACUCCGGUGAGUCUGAAACGUAUGCCGGCAUGGUGGGGGAGUCUUUUGGGGCGUGGGGUUCCGUGGCUGUGCAGAUUUGUGUCAUUGUCACCAACCUUGGUUGCCUCAUCAUUUAUUUCAUCAUCAUCGGGGAUGUGCUGUGCGGGAGUCAGUCUGGAGGAACCUUGCAUUUGGGCGUUCUACAAGAAUGGUUUGGCAUCCACUGGUGGAAUUCUCGCGCUUGGGUGCUUCUCUUCGUUGCAGUCUUCGUGAUGCUUCCGUUAGUCUUGUUACGCCGAGUAGAUUCACUAAGGCACACUUCAGCGGUAUCCAUUCUGCUAGCAGUGGUUUUUGUUGUCAUAUGUUCUGCAAUGGCAAUUUACGCGUUGUGCAAAGGGAAGACUCAGAAGCCGAGGCUUUUUCCAGACUUUGCGAAUCAAGUCUCAGUGUUUGAUCUUUUCACCACCAUCCCAGUUCUUGUGACAGGUUUCGGAUUCCAUGUCAACGUUCAUCCGAUUAGAGCAGAGCUCAGUAAACCAUCUGAUAUGAGAUCCGCUACUCGGAUUGCUCUCCUGAUCAGUGUUGUCAUAUACUUUUCUAUCGGAUUCUUCGGAUACCUACUCUUUGGUGACUCAAUAAUGGACGAUAUUCUAGUAAACUUCGAUCAAACUUCUGGUUCCACAAUCGGACAGAUAAUCAAUGACGUUGUUCGACUUAGUUACGCAGUUCACCUCCUUUUCGUGUUUCCUAUCAUGAACUUUUCCUUGAGGGCCAACAUAGAUGAAUUGCUCUUCCGAAAUAGGCCUGUUUUAGCCCAAGACACCUCAAGAUUUCUGCCCCUCACUCUUUUCCUGCUCUCCUUCACAUACAUUGUGGCAAUAGCCAUCCCAAACAUUUGGUAUUUCUUUCAGUUCAUGGGAUCCACCACCGUUGUUUUCCUCUCGUUUAUAUUCCCGGCCGCUCUCAUCCUCAGGGAUGGACACGGUAUAUCAACGACAAGGGACAAGAUCAUCGCGAUUUUCGUGAUUGUUUUGGCCGUGGCGACGAGCUCAAUUGCAAUAUCCACCACUUUGUAUAAUUCUGCUAAAGGUUAGCCAUCUUAUGAAUUCGAACAACUAAUUGGCAGAUGAGGGGCAUAGGUUCUUGCAAGCCACAAAAAAUCUGCUUCACUGCAGAAACUAUUGAAUUCAUCAAAUUUGUAUUUGUUGUAAUUGUAUUUGGUCAUGAAAAUCUGCAACAACUUUGAUACAUCAAUGUGCAAAGAAUAUUCAUACUUAACCAACUCA